AGUUGUCUUCCCUUACCGCUUCCCCAGCUGAUUGCAGUUGUGUUGCUUCCCUGCAAAACGUGUGCGGGGCCUUUUUAAAGAACCGUUGAGGGUAUAUUACCAACAACUAAGGGAAUAGUGUCGACUGAGAUCGAUAAACAAUUAUCUUAAAUCAAAUAGUUCCGAGUAAAAGCUUCCAGCCGAGCAGAUCUUGGAAAUAUUCGACUACAAACGAAAAUGCCAAAAGCACCAAAGGCCAAAGUUGGCCAGGAUAAAAAGGCAAUCCAUCCUAACAGUCGGAAAGCCAUGGUUCUGGCACGGAACAUUUCUCAUGACAAACGGUUGAUAAAGAGUAAAAAAGAAAGAGUAUCAAAGCUUAACUUUUUUAUUGAAAGAUUGCAGUGGUUCAAAAAUGAGUUGGAAAAUUUCGAAGGCGCAAUUUCUCUGUCAGAACAGACUAAAUUGGUGAUCAAGUACCUGGAAAGGUUUCAAGAUGAACUGGAUCAGAUAAAGAUUAUCAAUAGCAUUGGCAAACGGAAAGGUGUCCGCCAUGCUUCUCGAGAGGCAUCAAUUAAGAUGACCAUCGAUAUGGAAAGGGCUCAGUUCAAAGGUGAAGGUCUUGAAAUUCCAGAUUUGUUGAAUCCAGAUAAUGUGUCAGUACUGAAGAGCUGGGACGGUGAAUAUAGCUUCGUCCCAAAGAUCAAAACUACAAGAGUCUCAUCGAGCAAGGUGCGCAUGGACAACAUCCACAGCAGUGAUGCGAAAGAUGGAGAUGGUGGUGGUGAUGAUGAUGAUGAUAAGAAAUUCAGCAAAAUGAAUGAGGAAUUGGAUGAUGACAAAAAUACUGACAAUGUGUUGCUUGGUAACAGUGACAAUGAUGAUGGUGAUGAUGACCAUCACCACAAUGUGGAGGAUGAUGAUGAUGAUGUCAUACUGGCUUCAGAUACAGAGUAAGAAAGGAUAAGGGUGUGGGUAAUGGUAUGAGGUCGACAAGGGUGAUUGAUGAAUUGGCUGUACUGGAAGAGCUAAACCUGGCUCUGAAAGCCAUGGCUUCUUUUUUGAAUGAUUGCAAGUGUCUAAAGUGUAUGUGUGUGUAUAUAUGUAUACUACAUGUGCAUACACAUACGGUUAUAUGUAUGUAUAUGUAUAUUUAUGUGAGUGAAUAUAUAGAUAUUUAUAUAUUUAUAAAUAUAUGGAGACAAUUAUGUGGAUAAGCAUGAUUGAAUGCUAAUGCUUUUGAUUUCAAUUAAAGGCAGGAAAGGACCUCAGAAUGUGGGUGUUUCUGAUGGUAAGAAGGAAGAAAGGGAUGAAUAUCUGUUGUUUUAAUACAGUUCUAUAUUUAAGAGAUGAGGAAUUAUUUACAUUUGAUGGAUAUUUGUCCUCAUUUUGUUUGUUAUUAAGACACCUGAUGAAGGCUGGAGGGUGUAUCAGCUGAAAUGUGUUA